UUGGAGGUGGUGGGCCCCACAGUGUCGGGGCCCUGGGACUACAGCCUGCUGUGUGGGCUAGGGAGCUGCGUAGAGAGGAGCCCCAGUCUGCUGCCUGAGGAUGAUGAGGGCCUGCCACCUCUACUCAUCACCACCGGAGAGGAAGAGGGGGGAGGAGAUCUAUUGGUGGAGGAGCGCCCAGCCCCCUGCCAGAUCCUGCUCCUGUUGGAGGAGGGAGGCCCGCGACCUUUAACCUUUGUCCUCAACGCCAACCUGCUGGUCAACGUCAAACUGGUCACCUGUGAGUAGAACACCCAUCUCUACCCUCCUGUAAAAUGGCUUCCUCACCUCUCCGUUCCUUCAUCUGGACUGAUCUGAAAAGAUGGGACUGGUGAAAGCAAUAUGGUGGAUGCCUACUGGGAACAUUCCCUGUCCACUUCAGUUCAGAUGAUGGGAAGGUGAAAAAGAGAUCAAAUUCAAACCUCCUUAUUCCUAGUCCCAGUCCCAAAAGAAUGUGUUUCCUCACUGUGUGUGUCUCUACUCUCCUGUAGACUGCAGUAGGAAGUGCUGGUGUUUGGGCUCCAGUGGUCUACAGACUGUAGGGCAGAGGGAGAUAGUGUUCAUCCUGGAGUGUCUGCCUGAGGAGCGAUCUCUGCCCAAAGACCUGUUCACACUGUACCUCUCCAUCUACCAGGACGCACAGAGAGGUAGACGCACACACACACACACACACACAUCCUGUACCUCUCCAUCUACCAGGACUCACAGAGGUAGGCGGAAAAAAAACACACACACACACACAGACCUGCCAACCUGCAAGCAUUUUGCGUACCAUUCAUGCAAUUUGAGGUCAAAGUACGCUGGUACGAAAAAUGACCCUAAAAUAGGCUUCUAGUUGGCACAUUGUGGUUUUUGACUCAGCCAUCUGAAAUUGGAGCUGAGCCAAUCAGAGGACUUGGCUGAGGAGAAAAAAUCUCUAGCGCUCUGCUCCAGGCCAGCCCCCAAAUUAUUUUUGAUGUGAUAUGAAAGUAGAGGGCUGUAUGUUUCUAGAACUGUACCGCAAUUGAGAAUAGAUUCACGUUUAGAUGGAGUAUUUGGCUGUUUUGGUUUCCAGAGCCAAUUUGCCUCUUAACAGAACAUGUAACGUCCUUGGACUAUAAGGAGUAACAUUAGGCUCCUUUAGUCCAUUAUUGGGCUACAUUACCCCUCAAGUUAACCUAGAAAAAUGUGAAAGUGUCAUUGAGGCCACCUCCAAUAUCCUUUAGGAUCACACAGAAGACUUCUGUGUUGGCUACAUUGUUUGUAAUCAUUUAAGACUCAAGGGGCUCUAUUUUAACAAACCUAACGAAAUGGUAAAUCUAAGCGCAGGCGGUAGCGCUAUAGGUUCAGGGGUGUGUCAGAAAUAUUUUGGCUAUUUUCACUAUCACAGUUAUCCCCGCACUUGCUGGCGUUGGCGCGAAAGGGCUGGGUUUUGAUGAAUAAACAAGUUGUGGGUGUGUCAAGGCUUGGCCCCUCACUGGCCAAUCAGAACGUGCUCCAUGGCAAAAUAAUAUGGUUGCUUCAAGUUGUGUAUUUACGAUCUUUUAUGUAGUGCCUUGGAAUCAACUCCAAUUCCAAUUUUAGUUCGUUAAAGGGCUUACAGAAAUGAAAUAACAAAAUGUAGACCUAUCUUUGCUAAAUAUGUUAACUUGAACCCAUUUGCAGUCCACAAAACAGGACCUGCAUGGCUAAAAUAAUGUGGGCCUGCCUACAAUAUAUAGAUAAAAAGGGAACGUCAGCUCACUGUUUUACUCCUCUCAAACGUGAUAUUUUAAUAAAGCUUUGGUGAUUUUACGAUUUAUUUCCAAGUGGUCUCAGGAGCCAAACCCUUUAUCGACAGUCUCGACUACUUUGCGAUUGCAUUGGCAGACAAAAAAAAAGGCUUCAUUGAGAGGAGGUGAGGCUAUGCUUGGUUUUUAAUCAAAUAAAACGCUAUGGGAAUGUUUUUUUAGGUUUCUAAAUAUUAGGCUACUCUUGUUCCAUGCGCAUAUGGGCAGUGGGCGUCACGGCUGGAUAGGCUGCGUUUUGGCUGUCAAAAAUCAUGCCAUAACUAACUGCGUUAUCGCUAAAACCAGCUUUUGGUUGGUCUUAAAUAUUCCUAUCAGCGCUGAUUGAAAUUAGCACUUUGGAUCGUGUUUUUAAGGACACGCCUAAAAUAAUUCCACCCCGCCCAUCUGAGCGCAAGCGAGUUGAUAUAAGACAGGUAAAUUGCCGAACCUGCCAUUAGGGCUGGAAAAUGGCAGUGCCAGUUUUUACAUAACGAAAUUGCAAACUAACUUGCUUUUGACACUAGCGCAGCCUUAACUCCAGCCAAAAAUACAGCCCUAGGUUUCAGGAAAUGGCAGUUACAGGUUCUUCAAAAAUACAAAAUGCUCCAGCUUCCUGAUGGUGGAAGUUGACUGACCCCCUUGGUACCUCCCCCCUACCCAACUAAGGCCUACAUCAACACCACCUGGUCAGAAAAUCCUGAUUGUACACUACCAGUCAAAAGUUUGGACACACCUACUCAUUGAAGGGUUUUUCUUUAUUUCUACUAUUGUUUACAUUGUAGAAUAAUAGUGAAGACAUCAAAACUAUUAAAUAACACAUAUUGAAUCAUGUAGUAACCAAAAAAGUGUUUAUAUUUGAGGUUCUUUAAAUAGCCACCCUUUGCCUUGAUGACAGCUUUGCACAUUCUUGGCAUUCUCUCAACCAGCUUCAUGAGGUAGUCACCUGGAAUGCAUUUCAAUUAACAGGUGUGCCUUCUUACAUUUACAUUUUAGUCAUUUAGCAGACGCUCUUAUCCAUAUGAGCCAAUCAGUUGUGUUGUGACAAGGUAGGAGGGGUAUACAGAAAAUAGCCCUAUUUGGUCCAUAUUAUGGCAAGAACAGCUCAAAUAAGCAAAGAGAAACGACAGACCAUCAUUACUUUUAAGACAUGAAGGUCAGUCAAUACGGAACAUUUGAAGUCGCAAAAACCAUCAAGCGCUAUAAUGAAACUGGCUCUCAUGAGGACCGCCACAGGAAUGGAAGACCCAAAGUUACCUCUGCUGCAGAGGAUAAGUUCAUUAGAGUUACCAGCCUCAGAAAUUGCAGCCCAAAUAAAUGCUUCACAGAGUUCAAGUCACAGACACUUCUCAACAUCAACUGUUCAGAGGGGACUGUGUGAAUCAGGACUUCAUGGUUGAAUUGCUGCAAAGAAAUCACUACUAAAGGACACCAAUAAGAAGAAGAGACCUGGUUGGGCCAAGAAACACAAGCAAUGGACAUUAGACCGGUGGAAAUUUGUCCUUUGGUCUGGAGUCCAAAUUUGAGAUUUUUAGUUCCAACUGCCAUGUCUUUGUGAGACACGGGGUGGAUGAAUGGAUGAUCUCUGCAUGUGUAGUUCCCACCGUAAAGCAUGGAGGAGGAGGUGUUAUGUUGUGGAGGUGCUUUGCUGGUGACACUGUCUGUGAUUUAUUUAGAAUUCAAUGCACACUUAACCAGCAUGGCUACCACAGCAUUCUGCAGCGAUACGCCAUCCCAUCUGGUUUGGGCUUAGUAGGACUAUAAUUUGUUUUUCAACAGGACAAUGACCUAACACACCUCCAGGCUGUGUAAGGGCUAUUUGACCAAGAAGGAGAGUGAUGGAGUGCUGCAUCAGAUGACCUGGCCUCCACAAUCCCCCGAGACUGUUGGAAAAGCAUUCCAGGUGAAGCUGGUUGAGAGAAUGCCAAGAGUGUGCAAAGCUGUGGCUAUUUGAGAAAAUAGGGUGGCUAUUUGAAGAAUUUCAAAUAUGAAAAAUAUUUUGAUUUAACACUUACUACUUGAUUCCAUAUGUUAUACAAUUUAGAAAAUAGUAAAAAUAAAGAAAAACCCUUGAAUGAGUAGGUGUGUCCAAACUUUUGACUGGUACUGUACAUUUUAAACGUAUUUCUAGUUAUCUACUGAAAAGCAACCAAUUUAAGUACCCAGAACAGUCUAUAGCCUACCAUUCCUACUGAGGCGGUCUUCUGACAACAUCGUUAUUAGGCAAAAAACUGUGCAUAUGCCUAUGAUUUGAGCCGUGUGGGUGUUGCACACGUGCCGUCGUGGGGGCUGGGGGUGCUGCCGCCGCGCUGAAGUGGUACUCUGCACACACUGACCUCUGUCUCUCCCUCCUCAGGAAAGUUUGUGGAGGAGCUGGGCAACGUGGCGUUCACAGGUAGUUUCCUGGGUAGUAAGGAGCACGGCGGGGUGCUGUUCUUCUCCCCUACCUUUCAGCCCCUGGAGGGCCUCUGUCUGCCUCCACAGCCCUUCCUCUGUGGCCUGCUCAUCCAGAGGCUGGAGGUGCCCUGGGCCAAGGUCUUCCCCCUUAGGCUGCUGCUACGGCUGGGAGCAGAACACGGUGGUGAGCCCCCAACAGUUACUAGCCUUGUCUGGGUUCAGUGGUAAUAAAUGCAUGGUAAAUAGUUUCAGAAGGAUUUACACUUUGACUGGUUUUCAAAGCUAAAGGGUAGGUAGCAUAAACUUAACAUAUGGAUUUUCAUUAAUAUCCACAUCAAAAGUCCCAGUGCAAAAUUACACCACUUUUCUAUUUUUCCAGUUAUUACAUACAGUGGCUUGUGAAAGUAUUCACCCCCCUUGGCAUUCUUCCUAUUUUGUUGCCUUACAACCUGGAAUUUAAAUUGAUUUUUUUUUGGUUUGUAUCAUUUGAUUUAUACAACAUGCCUACCACCUUGAAGAUGCAAAAUAUGUUUUAUUGUGAAACAAACAAGAAAUAAGACAAAAAAACAGAACUUGAGCGUGCAUAACUAUUCACCCCCCAAUGUCAAUACUUUGUAGAGCCACCUUUUGCAGCAAUUACAGCUGCAAGUCUCUUGGGGUAUGUCUCUAUAAGCUUGUCACAUCUAGCCACUGGGAUUUUUGCCCAUUCUUCAAGGCAAAACUGCUCCAGCUCCUUCAAGUUGGAUGGGUUCCGCUGGUGUACAGCGAUCUUUAAGUCAUACCACAGAUUUUCAAUUGGAUUUAAGUCGGGGCUUUGACUAGGCCGUUCCAAGACAUUUCAAUGUUUCCCCUUAAACCACCCGAGUGUUGCUUUAGCAGUAUGUUUAGGGUCAUUGUCCUGCUGGAAGGUGAACCUCCGUCCCAGUCUCAAAUCUCUGGAAGACUGAAACAGGGUUCCCUCAAGAAUUUCCCUGUAUUUAGCGCCAUCCAUCUUUCCUUCAAUUCUGACCAGUUUCCUAGUCCCUGCCGAUGGAAAAACAUCCCCACAGCAUGAUGCUGUUACCACCAUGCUUCACUGUGGGGAUGGUGUUCUCGGGGUGAUGAGAGGUGUUGGGUUUGCGCCAGACAUAGCAAUUUCCUUGAUGGCCAAAAAGGUACCAGAGUACCUUCUUCCAUAUGUUUGGGGAGUUUCCCACAUGCCUUUUGGCAAACACCAAACGUGUUUGCUUAUUUUUUUCUUUAAGCAAUGGCAUUUUUUUCUGGCCACUCUUCCGUAAAGCCCAGCUCUGUGGAGUGUACGGCUUAAAGUGGUCCUAUGGACAGAUACUCCAAUCUCUGCUGUGGAGCUUUGCAGCUCCUUCAGAGUUAUCUUUGGUUUCUUUGUUGCCUCUCUGAUUAAUGCCCUCCUUGUCUGGUCCUUGAGUUUUGGUGGGCGGCCCUGUCUUGGCAGGUUUGUUGUGGUGCCAUAUUCUUUCAAUUUUUUUAUAUUGGAUUUAAUGGUGCUCCGUGGGAUUUUCAAAGUUUCAGAUAUUUUUUUUAUAACCCAACCCUGAUCUGUACUUCUCCAUAACUUUGUCCCUGACCUGUUUGGAGAGCUCCUUGGUCUUCAUGGUGCUGCUUGCUUGGUGGUGCCCCUUGCUUAGUGGUGUUGCAGACUCUGGGGCCUUUCAGAACAGGUGUAUAUAUAUAUACUGAGAUCAUGUGACACUUAGAUUGCACACAGGUGGACUUUAUUUAACUAAUUAUGUGACUUCUGAAGGUAAUUAUUUAGGGGCUUCAUAGCAAAGGGUGGGAAUACAUAUGCACGCACCACUUUUCCGUUAUUUAUUUUUUAGAAUUUUUGAAACAAGUUAUUUUUUUCAUUUCACUUCACCAAUUUGGACUAUUUUGUGUAUGUUCAUUACAUGAAAUCCAAAUAAAAAUAUAUUUUAAAUUACAGGUUGUAAUGCAACAAAAUAGGAAAAACGCCAAGGAGGAUGAAUACUUUUGCAAGGCACUGUAAAACCAAUCAGAAUGAAGUCAUGCCGGAAAAUGUUUUUGCAGGGUGUGACGUUAUAUGGAGGACCCGGCAAGCCAGCCUGUGCCCUAUAAUGUAAUCUCCAACAGAAAUAACUUCAAAUGUAUAACUUCAAAUUAAACCAAAUCAUUUACACUCAUGACUACUGGUUUCAAUGUAAUUUCCAACCAAUGUACGAGCAAAUACUCUAUGAAUUUAUUGUUACAAAUCAGCUUGCAAGGUUGCUAGCCAAGUAGCCUGCUAACAUUAGCCCUACCAGCCUGCUAAUGUUACGUUAGCACUGCAUGAGUCAGCCAGUUGCUAUCAACACCAAGCUUACAGCUACAUUAAAGUAAACCAAAGUUUUGGAAAUACAUAGUGCCAUCUAACCAUCUAAUAAUGUUACCAAUAUAUGUAGUUAUCUAAAGUAGAGAGAGCGGAGACUUACCGAUUGACGGCUGAGUUAGCUACCAAAGAAGAGCCGAGGAGAGAGGCGCUUCAGAGGGAGAGGCCGUUUCACCGGCCGAGGGAGAGUCAGCUAAUCCAAUAGCGAUAUAGUGAGGUAAAUCCAAAGUAGAUAGAUUCCAGAGUCAAUCAUCCAGAGGUGGCGUUGGGCACAGGAGACGAGGGGAAGAGUCAACAAUAAGACGGCGAUCGGAGGAAGGCUCCAGGCAGAUGGAAAUGAUCACAACAGGACAGUCAGUCAGCUACUGUAGCGUGCUAGUACUAAGCCCAGGUUGAAAAACUCUGGUAGCCUACUUCACGGAGAUCAUUCGGCCCCCACUUGUGGGGAAUCUGAUUGCUUGUUUACAUCACACCUCCUCGUGAUUGGUGGAUUGUAGCUCACCACUGCCAACAUUCGGUCUGCAUGGCUAGUGGCUAACGUUAGCCAGCUCGAGCUAGCUAAGGCAGAGUAGAUUCUCAAUAUGACGUUGAGAAAUUGUAUAUUGUGGGUAGUUUAGAAGAUAUCUGGAAAUAAGUUAAUAAAUAUGUAAAAAACCCAAAACAUAACUAUGUUUGUAGGUAAUCAGAUCGUGACCUCAACUAAGUUACUAAGCCUUUGACAACACUGUGUUGUUACUUUGAGUAAAUCUCAUACUUCCUACCCUUUUAAAUCAGUUUUUCUGAUAGCCGUUUCAAACUUUUGAACUCGGCCAAGACCUAGAUAUGUGCUUUAGCCUGUAGGCUAUUGAGAUCACUUCUACUUUGACUCUACUUUACAAACAUGGCCGUAGUUUACAGUAAUGACAUUAUGAAAUAAUAAUGAAAUGAUUACAACAAGUGUUUAGACGGAUGUCGAGCCUGAUUCUAGUGACAUUUGACCCUAUGUGUAUUGUGUUGCAGUGUACCCCAGCACGCUGGUUAGCGUCCGCUUCAGAGAGACUGUGUUCAGAGAGACAGGACACACCAUCAUGAACCUGCUGGCUGUAAGUACAAACACACACAAAUUAUUUUGUUGUAAAUUUCAGAGUAUUUUUUUAUUUUUACAAUUUGAUCAAUCAAAACUUUGAAUAUAACAAUUCACAUCAAACCGAAGCAAAGCAGUAAAAGUAGGUCUCCAGCCCUGAUUUAAAGCAGAGUUAAGAGAUAUCUCCCUGAUCCUCUGUGAUGAUCACUGAGCCAGCAUAUGCUGUGCAGUGCUGCUGAGUUCAGCUGAGGGCCAGCCGACAGAGGACUGAGAUGACACACACAGAGCUAGAUCAGGACUCCUGUGGGAGAGACACUGCAGUAGUUUGGUUCCCUGCCAGCUGUUCACUGCUGGGAGAGAGGAGCCUUUGAGGGCAGGUCUGACUGGGUUAUCAUACACUGUCUGUUACAGCUCUGAAACCUCUAAGAUACUGUGUGUGUUAGUCUUUGCAAAAAGGAUUGUCUAUGAGGCAUGUCAUAUGUCAAUGAGAGAAUGUAGUAGGUCACACACUAUGUGUGUGUUCUGUGUUAUGUUUUUGUCUCCAGGACCUGAGGAACUACCAGUACAGUCUGCCUGCCGUGGAGGGCCUGAGGAUCCACAUGGAGAUGGGCCACAGCUACAUAGACAUUCCCAAGAGUAGCUUUACUGAGGUAAGACACACAGCAUUACAGGACUUUUGAGUUUUUGAUGGUAUUUGUCUAUCUGUACCUACUGGUCAUGUUCCAGGACAAUCUGUUUCUAUUUGGCUCGAAGGACAAGUUCAAGUUUCAACUUUAUUGUCCCAGAGGGCAAUUGGUUUUGCCGCAAAUGAGCAUAAAAAACAACGUUGAACAUAUAAAAUCCACAUGGAUCACAAUGACACACAGUGAAUACAAUGAGCUAGUACAUCAAGUCAUAGGGCUGACAGCCAUCAAUACAAAUAUACAGUGCAUUCAGAAAGUAUUCAUACCCCUUGAUUUAUUCCACAUUUUGUUGUUACAGCCUGAAUUCAAAAUGGAUUAAAUGAUUUUAUUUUUCUCACCCAUCAACACACAAUGCCUCAUAAUGACAAAAUGAAAACCUAUUUUUGGAAAUUUUUGCACAUUUUUGGAAAAGGAAAUACUGAAAUAUCUCAUUUACAUAAGUACUUACACCCCUGAGUCAAUACUUUGUAGAAGCACCUUUGGCAGUGUUUACAGCUGUGCGUCUUUAUGGGUAAGUCUCUUAAGCGCUUUCCACACCUGGAUUGUGCAACAUUUGCCCAUUAUUCUUUUCAAAAUUCUUCAAGCACUGUCAAAUUGGUUGUUGAUCAUUGCUAGACAACCAUUUUCAGGUGUUGCCAUAGACUUUCAAGCAUAUUUAAGUAAAAACUGUAACUCGGAAACUCAGGAACAUUCACGGUCUUCUUGGUAAGCAACUCCAGUGUAGAUUUGCCCUUGUAUUUUAGGUUAUUGUCCUGCUGAAAGGUACGAGCAUACCCAUAACAUGAUGCAGCCACCACUAUGCUUGAAAAUAUGGAGCGUGGUACUCAGUAAUGUGUUGUAUUGGAUUUGCCCCCAACAUUACAUUCAGGACACUCUUUUCUUUUGCCACAUCUUUUACAGUAUUACUUUUGUGCCUUGUUGCAAACAGGAUGCAUGUUUUGGAAUAUUGUUUUAUCCUGUACAGGCUUCCUUUUCACUCUGUCAAUUAGGUUAGUGUUGUGGAGUAACUACAAUGUUGUUGAUCCAUCCUCAGUUCUCUCCUAUCACAGCCAUUAAACUCUGUAACUGUUUUAAAGUCACCAUUGGCCUCAUGGUGAAAUCCCUGAGUGGUUUCCUUCCUCUCCAGCAACUGAGUUGCCUGGAUGCCUGUAUCCUUGUAGUGACUGGGUGUAUUGAUACACCAUCCUAAGUUUAAUAGCUUCACCAUGCUCAAAGGGAUAUUCAAUGUCUGCUUUUUUAUUUUUAAAUAAUAGGUGCCAUUCUUUGCGAGGCAUUAAAAAACGUCCCUGGUCUUUGUGGUUGAAUCUGUGUUUGAAAUUCACCGCUCGACUGAGGGACCUUACAGAUAAUUGUAUGUGUGGGGUACAGAGAAGAGGUAGUCGUUCAAAAAUCAUGUUAAACUCUAUUAUUGCACACGGAGUGAGUCCAUGCAACUUAUUAUGUGACUUGUUCAGCAAAUUGUUACACCCGAUCUUAUUUAGGCUUGCCAUAACAAAGGGGUUGAAUACUUAUUGACUCAAGACAUUUCAGCUUUCAUUUUUAAUUAAUUAAAAAAUAAAUCGAAAAACAUAAUUCCACUUUCACAUUAUUGUGUGUAGGCCAGUGACAAAAAAAUCUCAAUGUAAUCAAUUUUAAAUUCAGGCUGUAAAACAACAAAAUGUGGAAAAGUGAAUGGGUGUGAAUACUUUCUGAAGGCACUGUAUGCAGUAGGCCUGUGAUCGACAUUAGCAGCAGCACAAAAGUAUAGCAAGCCAAAGUUGCCUAAUAAGUAAAGUGCUGUGUGCAUUCUUAGUUCAUCUCGUCAACAACAUAUCAACAAUGUGCUGACGAAAACAUCAACAUCACCUUAAUCAUCAACAACAUUACCAUCGUCAACAUCAUCCUCAUCCCAAGCCUAUCAACUCCUCUUCCCUGUAUUCAAAAGGGCAAUGGCCAUUGGGGUGAAGGAGUGCUUGUACCUGUUCGUCUUAACAGUGGGUAAAUCUAAACCGGGAGCCAGAGAGUAGGACCUUGAACUGGUGGUGUAGAGGGUGGGCACAGUCAGACAGGAUGGAUUCUGUCAGACAGGAUGGAUUCUGCCAGACAGGAUGGAUUCUGCCUUCCUCACCUCUUGUCUGUUGUACUUGUCUGCUGGACUCCUGUGAUCAUACUGCCCACUUUCACUAUUCUAGUUAGUGUAUUUUUAGCUUUUACACCAAGGUUGCAGUACCAGCAAAUAAAAUACAAUUUUAAGACAAACUCUAUGUACGACUUAUAAAAGAGAGUCAGUCAUCAAGGUCCUGUCUACCUGGAACUUUGCCAGUUUCCUGACAAAAAAGGCAUUGCUGGCCUUUCUUACACAACAUGUCAGUGUUACUCAAAGUUCAAUUUAUUAUCAAUCAUUGUGCCAAGAUACUUGUAGUUGUCUACAGUGUCUACCACCUGGCCCUUGAUGAUAGUGUUCUGAGGGGUAGGGGGUUGACACCUGAAAUUCAUACAAAACAUAUAUUUGGUUUUUGUCACAUUCAAUUGUAAGAAUUCACUGUCACACCAAAUGUACACAAUCAUCAACGACAGGGUCAUGGGCAGUUUCAUCGGCAUGAAGGAGACUGACUAUUAGUUGUCCGCAAACUUCAGGACCAGUAACAUUAGUGCUAACUAGCAUGGUUAUGCUAAGGCUAGGUUAUGCUAAUAUACUAAGCCAGGUUGCUAUAUGCCAUUUGCUUUGGAUUAUAAAUUCACUACCUGAAUCUGGGGGUGGGCGUAUAAAACCCCACCAAUUCGCCAUUAGUAGGUGUUAGAAAUAGUUAUUUGUCUUUCGAUGCGAGUAUCACCUUUUGUGUGUUUUCUAGAUGCUGAAGGUGGUGAAUGCGUCUAACGAGCAUGUGAUCAGUGUGGGUGCUGGCUUCAGCUCUGAGGCUGACUCCCACCUGGUCUGUUUCCAGAACGACGAGGGCAACUACCAGAGCCAGGCCAACAGCCAGCCUGGCAAGACACGCACAGGUCAGUACUAAACCAGAUUGCCCACUAGAGGUCAGAAGAGACUGUGUUUUUUGUUUUCAAAGAACAGGGUUGUAUUCAAUAGGGCACAAAAAGUUUAGUUGUGGACAAGUUCAGGUAGUCCCUCCCUGUUUCAGUCCAUUUUCUUCCUUUUCGUGCCUAAUGAAUAUGACUCCGAUAAGAAGCAGGUGUGUCAUGACCUUAGAUCCUAGAGGUCACAGGCCAGUGACUCGAGCCAGUGCCUCCAUGUAACCUGAAUAGAACUGAACUGUUUAUAUACAUGCUGUGUUACUCAGUCUGUGAUCUUAUUGUCUAGUUACGGGGGCCAGCUUCGUGGUAUUCAACGGUGCUCUGAAGGCCUCGUCGGGAUUCAUCGCCAAGUCGAGCAUCGUGGAGGACGGCCUGAUGGUGCAGAUCCCCCCAGAGACCAUGGAGGCCCUGCGCGCCGCCCUGAGGGGGCAGACGGACUUCCACAUCCCCUGCGGCAAGGCCGACGGAAGGGAGCUCCGGGACAACAUCACCGUGCGCUGGGUCAACUGGAGUGCUCCCGUCAACGCUGGGUAAGGGUGAUACACACACACACACACACACACACACUGUUGAUCUUCUCCCUGGUGCAUGAUUGGUGAAUGAAUUUGUGUGUACGUUUUGUGUGUCCUUACAGUGUGACCAGUGGUGUGGACGGGAAACCUCUGGAGGGGGUCCACAGUGUGAGGAUGCAGCAGAACACAGAGUUUGAGUUGGACGGACGCACCAUCAGGUGUACUGAGGUAGGAGACGCACAGUUCAUACCAUACGCUAGUGUUAUUGUCCAUUUGCAUGGACAUUCAUUUUCUGGGGUCAACAAUAUAUUACAAUAACAAUUGACCUACAUGUAAAGACAUCGAGUUCUGUUCACCUUCUCUCGAUGAUCACUACUCUCUGAAACAUUGUUUCACUUACACUGGUCUGUCUGUCUGUCUGUCUGUCUGCCUGUCCCUCCCUCCAGGUGUUCUACGUGUUGAAGACUCCAGACAUGUCCCUGUCUGCGGUGCUGCCGUCCUGCAGUGUGUUCCAGAGGGAGAUGGCUGUGGCCAGCUGUAGUGCUCUGACCCCUCACCUCUCGGUCCUCUCAGCCAGCGGCAUCAACUCCCUCGCCCUCCGAGUCUCCACACAAACAGACAUGGUAAGUAACAUACUAUAAAGGGUCAAGCAAUACACUAUGAAAGGGACUGGGCAGUGCCCCUCUUCUUACCAGGCACUUGCUGACAAAUGUGUUUAUGAAAAUAUCUAUAUAUUUUUUUUUUAUUGAUUGCUGUAUAAAUAAACUGUUGUACUAGUCUGUGUUACUGUUCCAUCUCUAAAACUUAGCGAUCGUAUGCCCGUUGUACAGUACAUUCCAGUCAUACUGCCUUAAUGUAUUAUAUCACUAUAACUGUCUGUGUGUGUGUGUGUAUGUGUGUCUCAGGUGGAGUACCAGGCUGGUUCGGGAGGCAGGCUCCUACCCCAGCGCUAUAUGAACGAGCUAGACAGCGCUCUGAUCCCCGUCAUCCACGGAGGCUCGGCCAGUGUUCCACAGACAGCCAUGGACAUGGAGUUCCUCUUCUACAUCACACACACCAUCUAACACACACGCACACACACACAGAUGGAAACACACAAACUUUUUAAACACACACAGUACGUGCAAAUACAAACACGCACAUAAACACACAAGUUCAGUUGCACACAUGCAAACUUUUACACACACGCAGCCUGGAUGUCUUUGCACAGAGAAAAACGCUGGAGCUCAGAGGACCUUGGACAAGCUGACAGGACCUGAUGACACAAACAGCCAAUAAGACACGGCUUGUGACCGGGCGACACGCACAGCCAAUCAGGCGUAGCUAACGACUGAACUAAAGACACACGCCUCCAAUGGCAGGACAUUCCCACAUAAUCUCCUACUGAAGGCCUUGGAGGCCAGAGGUGUAGGCCUUUGUUCCUGGACGGACAGUGGAGAAACUGGAACGCUGACGCGACUUUCUGUCUGAGAAAUGUCACCAACGCUGCUUUAACCCACAAGGCCAAACACUAAACACACAACAACAACGACAACAACCAAAAAAACAAACCAAAUUAUCAAACUGACUA